CAGCUAUGCAGUGGAGUUGAUGAAAAUGCAAUUGGAGCAUGCGCACAGCUUGUGUUUGCACCUAUCGAUGAGUCUUUUGCAGAUGAUGCUCUGUUACUGCCUUCUGGUUUCCGCAUCAUACCAUUGGAUCCUAAAACUGAUGGUCCAGCUUCAACUAGGACACUGGAUUUGGCAUCAGCACUAGACAUAGGAUCUGGUAAUGCUCGUCCUGCUGGUGAAACUGAUCUGAAUAACUACAACCUUAGGUCAGUCCUCACAAUUGCAUUCCAGUUUACUUUUGAGAACCAUUUGCGGGACAAUGUGGCUGUCAUGGCUCGCCAAUAUGUGCGCAAUGUUGUAAGAUCAGUUCAGAGGGUUGCCAUGGCAAUUGCACCCUCUCGGCUCAGUACAGAGUUAGGGCCAAAGUCACUUACUGGUCCACCAGAGGCUCUUACCUUGGCAAGAUGGAUCUACAGAAGCUACAGGCUUCACACCUGCACAGACCUUUUCAGAGUUGAGUCCACAUCUGGUGAUGCAAUCUUGAAGCAACUUUGGCACCAUUCAGAUGCAAUAUUAUGCUGUUCUGUAAAAACUAAUGCAUCUCCAGUUUUCACCUUUGCCAACCAAGCUGGACUUGAUAUGCUUGAAACCACUCUUGUUGCUCUUCAAGACAUAAUGCUGGAUAAAGUUCUUGAUGAAUCUGGCAGGAAGCUUCUCUGCAUCGAGUUCUCCAAGAUAAUGCAACAGGGGUUUGCAUAUCUUCCAGCUGGAAUAUGUGUAUCAAGUAUGAAUCGACCAGUGUCCUAUGAGCAGGCCAUUGCAUGCAAAGUUUUGGAUGAUAAUGAUUCCAAUCACUGCCUUGCCUUUGUGUUCGUGAACUGGUCUUUUGUCUAACGGGAACAGACUAUCAUUCAGAUAAUUAUAUUAUUACAUCUACUAAUUUAUGUCAACUACUGUACUCAGAUAUAGUCACAACAACGAAGUAUCUAAUGUCUGGAUUUCAUCAACACUUGGUUUUAUCUGCCAUUGAUAUCUGCAUUUGGUUAUUAAUUCAACUCAAUGGCAUUAUGAUUUAUGUACACAACUUCUAUGAAUCAUUUCAUACAAUCUCUCUCUC